CUCUAUAGUCACUGGUACAAUUCGAGACCGCUUGAAAACAAAAAUAUGUCCAGUGUUAUUGGAUGAGGUGUUAAAUAAUUUGUGUGGAUAAAAAAUAAAUUAUAUUUACUUUUAUUACAUGCAAAAUAUGGUGUACUUACAUUUCCCAUCGAAUUUAACGGAAGAGGAGUUAAUGUUGCAAGCAAAGUAUAAUAAACUUAAAAGGAAGAAAAAGGCAUUGCAAGAUUUAAAAUCUCCAAAACAAGAGACUGAACGUAUACCACAGACCCCAAAAAGGCCAACAGAAGCAAGAGAUGCAAGGGAAGUUGCUAAAAAACUAAUAAAAUCGGGUGUAAUCACAGCUCCAAAGACUCCUAAAAGACCAGAGCAGUCCUUUAAAAGACCACGUGGAUUAGUAAGAAAAUUAAACAGUACAGAAAAAACAGUAAGCUCUUACCAACCAUUCUCAGCUACACAGAUGGAAGAGGAAGAAACAGAAACAGCACGGCCAAGGGUUAAAGAUUUGUAUGAUAGUUUUGUAAGUGCUCAAGAUACAGAGGAUCGUACCGGUAGCGAUACGCAAUCGCCAUCAAAACAGGAAACAAAACCCCGCGCGGGGAAUACAAUAUUUGUAUGUGGUUAUAAAAUAUCAGAAGAUUUUUUGAAAAAACAUUUUCAGACAUUUGGAAAUAUUAUUAAUAUUUCAAUGGAAGCAGAAAAAAACCGUGGAUUUAUAACAUUCGAUAAAUCGGAAGCGGCUGAAAGGGCAAUAAGUGAGAUGGAUGGUAGCAUGGUAUCUUCGAUUCAGUUAAAAGUAUCGUUAGCACGGCGACAACCUAUAAUAGAAUCUAUAAAUGACGUUACGUCUAGCUCUAUGUGGUCACCAAUCGCGGCAAAUUAUUCUCAGAAAAGUGUGCACAAAGAUAGGAGAGAUCUGAAAGUGUACGAGGAAGACCUUUUUGUGUGAAUGCAAUAUUUUUAAUUUAUCCAUCUUGUUCUAGAGUAUGUUGUUACACGGUUACAAUAUUCGGAGUCUUGGUUUAAAAUAAACUUGUACAUAGCUUCUGUUACUUUUAAAGUAUGAAAAAAAGGUUUUUUUUUUUGAUUAAAUUCUACUCCUUUUAUGAUACUACAUUACUACUAACUUGAUAUAAAAUUUGUUAUUCCGUUUGUCCUCGUAUUUAUUAAUUGCUGACUUUUAAAUGAUAUCUGAGAUUUUCAUUUUUUUCUACAAAGGAUUUGCGUCGAUAAAAAAAUAGUUAUAACACUCGUAUCGAUAAUAGAUAUUUGUAAUUGGGAGAUACAUGUGUAUAUAUCAGGAUAUAUACACAUAUGCAGCACUUAGCAAUUAAGUACAAGUAUUCUCGCAGUAAAUGAUACGUGGGCAUUAACUUUUUUACAAGUAUCAGUCGCUCACUAUCGUUUACCGGUUGUAUUAAACAUUUAACCAGAGAACAGACGCGUUACCUUCUUUGUUUCUGUUGUACGUUAUCAAGCUUAUUCUAAUUUCUAUUAGCGGAUUCUCGUUACAUGUAUAAAUUGACAUGAUAAAAAUGAUAGAUUCAAA